AUGGAGGCCCAAGACAUGGCUCAGUCCUUUCGGGCCCCUAAAUGUUCUCGCUGCAGGAACCAUGGCUAUGUAGUCCCACUGAAGGGCCAUGCAGGCCAUUGUCGUUGGAAGCAGUGUGCAUGUGAGAAAUGUGCUCUCAUAACUGAACGACAGAAAAUCAUGGCUGCGCAGAAGGCCUUGAAAAGACAGGGAUCAGAUUCACCACCCAAGGAAACAUUGCCAGUUACUCCGUGCAGCCCCAGGGGGGCAACCACAGGUGGCAGUAGAAAGUGGUCGAGACUCAACACCCCAGAAUCCCAUGUUCAUGGGCUUGAUGUUCAUGAAGAAGCCAAAGUGACUUCAGCAGAUAGCCACAGUGCCAGAACAGGGACUAACCGGACAUCACCCAAACCUGACUCUCCAACCUUCAUAGAUUUAGACCAUCCAACUUUGCCUCAAGAAUGUGUUUCCGUGUGCCCAGAAUUCGUGGACAGAGAGCCUCCCAAAGUGCAUCCUGGGUAUACUGGGGUGUACCCUUACCAUCCAUUUUCUGUGGGUUUCACCAUCAACCAAGCAGGCUACAGAGGCCCACCACCUGGCCCUAUUUUACCCCUGCAGCCAAGUCUGAGACACUUUCCUAGCAGUUAUGGGCCAGGGAGUGUAACUUCUGUGCCAAUACAAGAUGUAGGUGGGGAUUUUCAGCCAGGUUAUUAUACUACACUACCACCUUUUAUACCUCGGGGGUUUCUACCAGGGAUUCACUAUAUUCCACCACCACUUCAAUUUAAUGUUGUGGCUGAAGCUACAAAGGAGACAUCUGCUGCCACAGCAGAUAACCAGAAUUCUCCAGUGAUGUGUGAAGAUAGUCAGCUUUCCUCUAAGGAAGAUACCAGUGGAAACUGCUCUUCAUAUUCUAAACUUUAA